AUGGGAAACGUACCUAGUUCGUAUUUCGAAGAAAAAAUCGACGACCCUUUUUGGUCCAACGACGCAUCCACAUCGAAAACAGUCGCAAAAAGUUCGUCAAGCCAAAAUUUGGCCAGUACGAAAACAAACUUAAGCGAAGUUGAUAAUCAAUUAUUAUAUUACUGCUUCAUUAUUUUUUUUAGUUUCAAAGGAGCUUUCCGAGGCAAGCAAAGAAAAAUUAAGCGAAUUUAAAUUGGAACUCGCUAGAAAACACGAAAAAAGAAGAGAUAUUAUUCUGGAAAAACGUAAAGAAAUGGAUGAACUGCGGGCAGAAAUAGAAAAGCUUAAAACGGAAAAUGCGGAAUUGAAAGCUUCAAGAACCGAAAACUACGCAGAAAAUUGUGAUGAAGAAAUCGAACAAUUACGUAAAGAGAACCAUGAACUCAAAACUCUUCUUAGUGAAAAAUCGUGUAUUCUAGAGGAAAGUGAAAAAAUUAUUGAGAAGAAUAGAGAAUUACGGAUCAGUAUUGUUGAGCUACAAGGAGAAUUACAAAGACUUAAUACAGAAGUAUUGAAUUUUGAAAAGGAAAGGGAAGACUACAAGGUGCAUGUAGUUGCUUUAAAAGAUGUCAUUGCUGUAUCCAAACAUAUGUUGCAAAUUAGGGAAUCUCAGCUGAAAGAACUUAAAGAAAAAGUAGAAAGUAUUGAACAAAACCUCGCGUCAAGAGAAGCAACAAUUCUGUCUCAGGAUUUGAGGGCAGAAUAUGAGAAGCAGAUUGCCAAUAUGAGAAAUUUAAGGCUGCUAUAUGAAGAAAGACAAAGGUUAGAAAGAAGAGAGAAGGAAGAACUGACAUCUCAGCUAGCAGAUGUUGCGAAGGAUCUUGAUCAAGAACAAAAGAAAAAUAUAGAACUCGAAUCAAGAUUCUCAGAAUUACAACAUGAUAAUUCCAAAAAAUACGAUGAAAUCAAAAAUUUAGAAUCAAAUUAUGGACUAUCUAAAGCCGAAAGUCGCCAAUAUCAGGCAGAACUUGCAGUCAUUAACCAGCUCUUCUCAGAAACGUUGCUUAAAUAUAAUGCCUCUCAAGACAUAGACUUAGAUAAACUACAGAAACACUUAGAGGAAAACCAUGGACUUUUGAAAGAUAUUGUGGUCAAUGAAGUAUCAUCUGAGGUGUCUUCUGCAUUGCCAAAAGUUUUACUUGAGUUAAUAAACCAACUUCAAGAAACUGAAGAGAAGGUUCAUACAGAAUCUUCUCUUGAGCGUCAGCUAUUAUCUGAUGAUGAGCCAGAAUGUUCCAAUCAAAAUAAUCUUCACCAAAUGAAUAGCGCCGAAGAAAUAGUAGAAAAUCUCCCGAAGGUAUGGAAAGUUCUUAUAGAACUACUGAGUCACCAAACAGUCCCUACAAAUGUUCUUACAGAUGAAACAAGUGACGAAGAUCCUUGUUAUAAAAAAGUCGACACCCCGAAGGGACCGAGCCUCGUCCUAAGUGUAAGCCAAACGUUUAUUCGACUUAAGGAUCUAAUACUGGAGAAGAAGUCAUUAGAAAAGGAGACUGCGCACUUAAAACAUUUAAAUGGUCAUUUGGAAAAUCGGUUACAGGACCAAGAAAAGAGGCUGGAAUUGGUGCAAAAUGAGCUUUCAAAGACAUGGCUAGUGGUCGGGAAAGCUGCAGAAGCAACACCAAAUGUUACACACCCAAGAAAAAAUCCUACGAUACGAACUUGCCCAAAAAAGAAAACUUUUGAGCGAAUUAAAAGAAGAAUUGGAAUACAGUAGGGAAAAAUGGGCACAAGCUAGGGAAAAAAACUCCAACACCGAACUGCAGUGGAAGCAGCUGAGAACUGAGUUCGCAAGCAGGAGAAAUACUACAGUAGAAGAUGUAAACAAUAGCGCUGAAAGUGGUUAUAGUGAUGAUAGAGAAGGACUUAGUGAUGAGGAACCAGGAUAUGAAACUGAUGUAUCAGAGUGCGCCCAAAAAACUGGAGAAGAUACUGAAAAUCAAGAUUUAGAAAUUGAAGACUUAAGUGAAGAUAAUUUACCUAAUCAAAGUGACGUUUUAGAAAAUACUGUCGAUAAUAAUGUAUCAGAUGUAAAAAGCGUAUGCCAGAGUGUAAAUAAUGACAAUAGCCGGACACUUACAGGUCAAGACAAUUUAGUUCAAUGCGAAGAAACUAAAGUUGUGGAAAAAGAAACAUCUCCAUCAACUAAUGAAUGUUCUGAUAUAUCCAAAACAAGAAGUUCAGACUCUUCCCAAAUAGAAACAGUAAAUAGCUUAGAUAGGCCCAGUACAUCAUCUUCUAGAGUAGAUGAUUCAAGAAAGGCAUUUGAAGAAAUGUUAGCAAAAAAAGAAGCACGACUCAAAAGAUUAGAAAGCCAAGCUGAAAGCUUAGUAACCCAAACAACAAAUACUGCUAAUAGAAGCAUUGUAAUCAGUAAUAGGUUAGAUAAUCUUCACGAAACGUAUGGCUCAAAUAAUGAAGUCGAAAAUAGGGAAGACGUAUCUGCUAUUACAGAAAGAGUAGAAAAUGAAGAACCAAAUGCUGAUUUAAUAGAAGUUAUGGCAAAUGAAGAACCAAGGAGUGAUAAUGAAGAAUCUAGAACUGAAAGAGAUACAUAA